AUUCCUGUAUAAGUACCGGAGUUGGGGAUCACAAAAUUCUUCCAUCUUUUUCUGCUGUCAGUUACGCCUGCACCAUCGCCAACUCAAUGUUUGCUAAAGCUGUUAUGUCAACUAUGCUUUCAAGUUUCGAUAUAUAGUCAUGGCAGAUAGGGCCGGUUAUAGUCUUAUUCAUAACCACGUUCUUGUUAUCUACCUUCCUUACGAACUCAUCUGUUUGAAUUCUUUUUCGUAACUUUAGGUGCCCAGGUAUAUAACCAUGGAAUUACACGAAGAGCUCCUCGCUUGGGCGAUAGAUAAAGGCGUUAAGCUUAAUGCUAUCGAGCCUAAACGUAUCCCUGGUAGGGGCAUCGGCAUAGUUGCAACUCGGGCGAUCAAGCCCGAGGAGAUUAUCCUUGAUGUUCCUACGUCUUGCAUCCGUAGUAUAGACACGGUUCACAAGCCCAUCAUCCGCCAUCUCCCAAAGGCCAUCUCGAUCCAUGGCCUUCUAGCUGCCGAUCUAGCUCUGGAUGCAUCUUCCAAGUACGCGAUCUGGAACGCAUUAUGUCCGACUCACGAAGACUUCGCUGGUAUGCCGUUAGUAUGGCCACAGGGAUUACGUGCUUUACUACCCCCAGCGGCACGAGACUUGCUGUUGAAGCAGGAAGCUAAACUCAAGCUCGACUGGGCUGCCGUCUCGGCAGCAUACCCUGAGCAGCUGGACGAAGCGCGGUACAGGCAUGCGUGGAUGCUGGUCAACACGCGAACCUUUUACUACGUCAACGCCAAACUGAAAAAGAGAUCCAAAGACGACCACAUGUGCCUGCAGCCCGUUGCGGACCUGUUCAACCACACCGAUACCGGAGGUUGUAACGUGGCGUUUGAUGACGAGGGGUUCUCUAUUAAGGCCACACGCGCAUAUGCAAAGGGAGAUGAGGUUAAGAUUUGCUAUGGAAGACAUAGUGGAGAUUUCCUACUUGUCGAAUACGGAUUCGUCAUGGAUGAGAAUCGAUGGGACGAGAUUUUACUCGACGAAGUGCUGCUCUCGAGAUUGAGCGAACGACAGAAGGAAAGACUAGAGGAAGUCGGAUUUCUGGGGAAAUACAUCUUGGACCGGGAGACGGUAUGCCAUAGGACACAGGUCGCGGCAAGGUUGCUAUGCUGUGGAGUUAGGGAGUGGAAGAGAUUCGUGGAUGGGAUCGACGAUGGGGAGCGCAGUCAGCAGAACGUAGAUCGUUUGGUCUUGGAGCUGCUGAGGGAACAGAGGCACAUUGCUGAAAAGAGGAUAUCCGAGGCGCAGUCACUAGAUGUUGGCGAGCCGCAGCAAAAAGAGGUUCUGAUUAAGAGGUGGAAACAGAUUCAAGACCUGGUCGACACGAAUAUUGCACGUCUUGAAGCAUAAAAGUCUCUCUAGAUAGAUAAACUCGUAAAUAGUAUCAUACAUAUUUGCAUGAUUAAACAUUGAUAGGCGUUCAUGAUCGUUUAUACAGGUAGAAAUACAUCACAACCCGCAAACGACUUGCGCCCGAUUUUUGUCCAAACGCCUUAUUAUCAUGCCUUUUGACCCCAGCUUUUUCCCUUUCAAAAUUCUGUUCCAGUAUCUUA